CAGCAGCAGGACACAAAGACCACGAUGACAGCAGCGAAGUCUGCCCCACCGACUCCACCCUGCCUAUCACCACAGCCCUACACAACCGCCUUCUUGAAGAAUCUCAUGCUUCGGAGUCCGUGUCUGCCGGCGACCUCACCGCGCAUUGGCGGAUUCAUACCGCCUCCGCCUUUCACCUGGAUGAAGCUGUUGCAUCCAACUGCACCGGAGGACGCGGCGGGAAACUUGAUUGGCCGGCUUUUUGGAGACCGUCAGCGACCAACUUGGUGA